AUAAUUACUUUUAUCGAGUCAAAUUAGAACGUGACUAUUAUUCGAGAUGGAUGAAAGGUCUGAUUGUAGAUGGGAAACGAAUUAUUAAAGACAUUGGGCAAACUUAAAAUCAGUCGAGAGAAUGAUAAUUUUUAUGAAACAAAUGCCGAAAAUGAGAGUAAGGAAUUUCAAGUAGGAUUUUAGUAUCUUACAUAUAUAAUCUAUGGAUUAUUAAUUCUAAUGGUGGAUUGUAUCUGAUUUUAAUUUUAUACGAAUUCUAGAUAAAAUGGUGUACUGUUGAUGUAAAGUUUUAGAAUCCCUUAAAUCAUAAAUCUUGAAUCCUAAAUCAAUGUCAUUUUACACCCCAUGCCCCAAGAGUUCAUACUUAAUUACAAAAAAUGCCAUCAUAAUUUCUGUUUUUGUAUAAGCUUUCCACCCCCACAAACUUCCAGCACAUGCUCACUUUCCCUUUCUGUUGAGUUUGGACAGAUGUUCCCAUUAACCCUCUCUUCUGCCAUGUCUUCAUUUGGCAAUAGAACAAAAAACCAAUCUCUGCACAUUACCAAAGCUUUCCUUUGCCGUGUACUUUGACCAUGAUCUUAUCCCAAGAAUCUCUUUUGAAUUCAAUUUUCAUUUCGAUUUCAAAUUCAAAACAACUAGAGAGAAGCUACAACAUAGAACCCGAUCUUCUCCACUUUUGAAAGAGGCUAAUUAUCAUCACCUGAAUCUUGACAAUUUUCCAUCACUACGCGACGAUGGUGGAGGUUUUUCUGGAAAACGAAGUAGGCGGGUGCUUCAAACAUUUUAUUAGUGUGCUGGACGUAUUAGACAGUGAUGAAAAUGAUAUGAAUGAAAUGGAGGAGGUUGGAUAGGCAAAUGAAGAGAUAAUUGAAUCUGAUUUUGAGCUCGAAGGUGGAAUUGUUGAGCCUGAUAAUGGUCCUCCGCAAAAGAUAGGAGAUCUUUCUGUUAAGGUUAGUGAGGAGAAUCGCAUUGCUGCGCAGGAGGCCAAGGGGAAGGCUGUUGAAGCAAUUUCUGAAGGUGAGGUUAAAUCAUCUUUGCUUGGAAAAAGGGAAGACAUGACUUUUUGUUAUAAAAAGGUUGAUUUGCCGGAUAUGCUGGAGCGCAAUGAAACAAAUACCCAAGGGAAAACGGACAGCGGCAGAGUAGUAAGAUUCGAAUGGAAACUAAACUUGAUAAAAGGACAUAGAGACAUCCUGAUUUUUUAGAUGUCCAUCCUGGAAAAAAUAGGAAUAGAAGCAUUAGUCCUCCCAGGAGAAGCUUGAGAAAGAACCCGAGCAUGAGCAGAAGUGUUAGUGGAAGCCCUCCAUGUUUCAUUCGUGGAAGUAGGGUUUUAGCAAAAGUCCUAUUAGAAGUGGAAGUAGUCCUGCUAGAAGUGUUACCAGAAGCGCUGCAAGUCCUUUCUCAUGUUGUAAUUACUUCUUCGUUUUGUUUAUUGUGCAACGGCCACCUGUUCCAUGCUGGAAGAUUGGAGUGGUAUAGAUAGAGAGAAAGCCAAGGAAUACAUAAUAAGCUGUCAGAAGAAGCUGCUCUUAUGGACCUCCUAAAUUUUAUGUAUAGCAACACCUUAAAAGUUACCACUGCUACUGCUUUACUGGAUUUCCUGAUGGCUGCUGACAAAUUUGAGGUCACUUCAUGCCUGAGAUAGAGUGCUGCGAUUAUUACACGAGAUUCGUGAUGAUAUUAGUGAACAAAAUGCAGUAAGGAAUGAAGUAUGGGUAACAUUUCCUAGACAAGAGCAAGCUAUUAGUUAUCAAAAAGAACAUAGCAAUGUUUUUAUUUUUAGCUAUCAAGACCAUGUUAAUGGUCAGAGGAGGUUUGUUGUUUCAAGCUAUAAGGAGUUUUGGCGAAGGUACAAGAACAUGAAUCCCAAAUAUCGUCAUCAUUAUGAAGUUAUUCAGGAGGGAUUACCAUGCCACCUUUAUUUUGAUUUGGAAUUCAAUAAGAUCGAAAACUCAAACAACAAUGGUGAGGAAAUGGUUGAUAUACUGUUAUCACUUGUUUUUGAUUUCAUGAAUGAGAAGUAUUCUAUUGAAGGAGAUAAAGAGUGUGUUGUUGAACUUGAUUCGUCAACAGAAGAAAAAUUUUCUCUCCAUAUAAUCAUUUGUUUCCCUAACACUGCUUUUAAGAACAACCGACAUGCUGGUGCAUUUGUUGGUGAGAUUUGCUCAAGGAUACAAAAUGAAAGGGGAAGAGAUGGAAGAUUUGAAAAAUUGUUCAUAUUAAAAGAUAGGAACUCAUCUCAUGUGAAUAAAGAAGUUUUUAUUGAUAGAGCAGUGUAUUCCAGAAAUCGAUGCUUUCGCUUACCAUUGUCUUCAAAAGCACGAAAGACUUCUAUACUUGUACCUACUGGACGUUUUAAGUGCAGGUUAAUGAGUGAGGAAGAUAUGUUUAUGGCAUCUUUGAUCUGCAAAGUGGAUGUUGAUGUUCAAAAUAUUCUUAUAUGUGAAAUGGAUAUUGGUUGUUCAAACACUCUCCAAUUUGCUACACAGGUUCAUGUUAACUUCCAUAAAGAUUAUGGAGUCCCAAGAAAUCUUCUGUCAAAUUCUUGCAUAAUUGAUUCGUCAAGAAUAUUUCAGACAGGGAGAUCACUAUUUCCACUAUUGGAUAUGUUUGUAGAAUCUGUUGCCUCCUUAGGAAAUAUAUCAGGAAAAAUUCACAGUUGGCAUUGGUUUUCAGAAUAUGGUAUAAUGGUGUAUAAUAUGUCAAAAAAUAGAUACUGUGAGAGAAUUGGUAGACAACACAAAAGCAAUCAUGUUAUAUAUGUUGUUGAUCUAAGAAGAGCUAGUUAUUAUCAAAAAUGUCAUGAUCCAGAUUGCAGAGGUUAUCGCUCUCCACUACGUCCAGUUCCUGAAGAAAUUGUACCUGAUACAACUGUAUUUUUUGAGGGUGUUAAGCGUCACAAAAUUUAUGAGAAUGAUGUUGAUAACAAGACGAUAGGCAGUGUGGAUAGCUGCUUGAAAGAUGGUUGGUGGUUGGAAGCUGUAAAAUUUGCCGAAAAAGUUGAGAAAAAGACACUAGAUUUCGAUGUAGUAUCUUGAAUCAAAUUAUGUAUAGAAGCAAUACUUUUUGCUAAUGUAAAUAUGCUUGAAAUAGUAUGUAAAUAUUUGUGUUUGUGUCACAUAUUGAAGAAAUUGUGUAAUUUGUGUUCGAAACAAAUGUAAAUUUUGAUUUUUUAUGUA